UUUAACUUUAUUAAUGAGUAAUUAUUUAAUGACCGACAAAUUUAAUUUAAUUUGAUCUUUAAUUAAGAAACUCUUUAGGUCUAACUUUCCCCCUAUUAUUCAAACCAACCGGAAGUUUUCUGGCUGCCUUCUUUCUUUGUUCUUCACUCAACUAACAACACAGCUGAAAUAUUUUCAAGUCAAGUUUAAUUAACCUACAAUUAAAUAUUUUCGAUAGUUCAAUCACGAUGGAGAUGGAUCAAGUCGAACAACUCCUCAUCGGCCUUCAAGUCGCCGUGGGGAAAUUUUUCGACGAAAAAUACCCAGCCUUUUUCCAGUCGGCGUUUGUCAAACAUUUCGAAGCCCGUGUCAACACGAGGAUGACACUUUUCGAGGGGUUGAUAAACGAUCGGAUGGACCGGAUUGAGGAAAAAAUUGUCCAUCUGGAGGAACAAUUUGGGGAACUGAGGCGACAACAUGACUCCACCGAGGAGAAGAUAAGUAAGAUUGGAAAAGCUUUCGAGACGGUGGAAGCCUGGAUGAAAAUUAUGGAGAGACAGAUAAGCGAAAAAUGUGAGGAGAAAAAGUAUGACGAUCGUUUUCACACUUUGGAGGAGAAGAUGGCUACAGCAUUUGGGAGGAAUCCCCAAGAUAAUGAAGAGGGCGACGGAUUGGUACAAACGGAUCAAACUAUGCCUCGACUAACUCCUCAUGUCGACUCAAUGGAAACCAAUCGUGAUGGCGAAAGAAGGGAGAGAUUUGCAAAUAAGGACAAUUCUGACGGUCGGAAACCCAACACUUCUGGAUAUGGAGGUCAUCACAGCAAAAAUAAAGCCAAUCUAAUGAAACCUCCUGGGCGUGAAUCGGGCUCAAGAAAUUAUGCUCGUUGGGGGGAGGGCGAUGGGGAUGAAUUAUUUAUUCUGCAAGCUCCUCCGCCCCCUAAAAAGGCUAAUCCAGAGAACCACAGGCAAAAGGUCGAAACUGCGUCCAGAUUGGAUUUUUUGAUCAAUGUGAAUGCAUCAGAUGACGGGGAUAUUGACGACAUUGAAAUUCUGGACGUGAUGGAGUCCAUGGAUCGCAACAAUUCCAUGGGAAGUGGGGCAUCCAAAAUUUCUUCCAUUAUGGGAAAGUCUCGCAAAUCUGGGAAAAUUGGUCCCGUCGAGAAACAACGAACGUUGGAUGGAAGGAUCCAAAAAUCUAAAGACAAAGCUCGACCAUUUGCCUGUACCAGUUGUCCCCUGACUUACGUCACCAAAACAAGCCUUACUCGUCAUGUGAAGACGCACCAUGGGAACAAGUUCGCGUGCGAUUUUGAAGGCUGUUUGCAAGAAUUCGUGACUGGGAGUCAAUUACGGGGCCACAAACUGCAUCAUAACCGGAUUCCGAAGAAUCUUCAAUUUUAACAAUGUCACGAAAUUUAUGUUAGUUGGUUAGAUUUUUGGUAGAAAAUUAGGGGAGGGUUUAAUUUCAGACAAAUAUUUAUUUAUGCCAGGUUGUGAAAGAUUUUAAGGUAUGGAAUUCAUAUCGUAAUUAUUUAAUGUAAAUGAAUUCGCACUUCUGUCAAGAAUUUAAUCACUUUGUAUGAAUUUUAAGGAUUGACGUUUGAAAUAAAUUAUUGUGCGGGAUAUUAAAUUAGAUGAAGUUUUUAAUUUAGUGGGGCUUUAUUAUAUUAAUUUUAAUAACUAUUAUACAGUAUAAUAGUUAUUAAAUCUCUGAAAAUUGAUGGACAGGCUUUUUAUGUUUAACCCCGAUUGUUUUCACGCUUUGGGAAAUAAUAAAUCCGGAAUCUUCAAGAAUACUAAGAUUUUCCAUUGGUUUGCCAUUACUUUAUUUAUCCUUCGCUUGA